AACCGCCUCCUCACCUCUCUGCCAUACACACUUUCAGAACAAACGUUCGUUGCAGCCAGAGAAGAACAACCCAGCAAGAAACACCCACCGAUCCAUCCAUUUGCCCCAACACAGGCCGUUAAGCUCGGGUUCCUUGGUCGUUUGGCGCGCCAUGGCUCCGGCGACGGCGGAAACGGUGGCGGUGGCGGCGGCGGGGAGGGUGAAGACGGCGCUGGGAGUGGCGGCGUGCGAGCGCGACGCCGAGAAGCUGGAGCUGAUCGAGGAGCUGACCAAGGGCUUCGACGCCGUGCAGGAGAAGGUGCUGGCGACCAUCCUGGCGCGCAACAACGGCGCCGAGUACCUCCGCCGGCACGGCAUGGAGGGGCGCACGGACCGCGACGCCUUCAAGGCCCGCGUCCCCGUCGUCACCUACGAGGACCUCCGCCCGGAGAUCGAGCGCAUCGCCAACGGCGACCGCUCCAACAUCAUCUCCUCCCACCCCAUCACCGAGUUCUUGACCAGCUCGGGGACGUCAGCCGGGGAGAGGAAGCUAAUGCCCACCGUGGAAGAUGAGCUGGACAGGAGGCAGAUGCUCUACAGCCUUCUCAUACCCGUCAUGAACCUGUACGUGCCAGGGCUGGACAAGGGCAAGGGUCUCUACUUCCUCUUCAUCAAGUCGGAGACGAAGACGCCCGGCGGCCUCCCGGCGAGGCCGGUGCUGACGAGCUACUACAAGAGCGACCAAUUCAAGCACCGCCCCUACGAGCCGUACCUGGUGUACACCAGCCCCACCGCCGCCAUCCUCUGCACCGACUCCUUCCAGUCCAUGUACUCGCAGAUGGUGUGCGGCCUCCUGGCCCGCACUGAGGUCCUCCGCGUAGGCGCCGUCUUCGCCUCUGGCCUGCUCCGCGCCAUCCGCUUCCUGCAGCUCCACUGGAAGGAGCUGGCCCGGGACAUCGAGACCGGCACCCUCAGCGCCAAGAUUGUCGAGCCGUCCAUCCGCGACGCUGUGGCCGAGGUCCUCAAGCCGAACCCUGAGCUGGCCGCAUUCGUGGCCGCCGAGUGCGCCAAGGACGACUGGGAGGGGAUCAUCACUAGGAUGUGGCCCAACACAAAGUACCUGGACGUGAUCGUCACGGGGGCCAUGGCGCAGUACAUCCCGACGCUCAAGUUCUACAGCGGGGGGCUCCCAAUGGCGUGCACCAUGUACGCCUCCUCCGAGUGCUACUUCGGGCUCAACCUCCGCCCCAUGUGCGACCCGUCGGAGGUGACAUACACCAUCAUGCCCAACAUGGGGUACUUCGAGCUGAUGCCGCACGACCCAGAGGCACCACCGCUGUCCAAGGACGACCCACCACCGCGGCUCGUGGACCUGGCCGACGCCGAGGUGGGCAAGGAGUACGAGCUGGUGAUCACCACCUACGCGGGGCUCUGCCGCUACCGUGUCGGCGACAUCCUCCACGUUGCCGGCUUCCACAACGCGGCGCCGGAGUUCAGGUUCGUGCGCCGCAAGAACGUGCUCCUCAGCAUCGACUCCGACAAGACCGACGAGGCGGAGCUGCAGGCGGCGGUGGAGAGGGCGGCGAAGCUGCUGGAGCCGUACGGCGCGACCAUCGUGGAGUACACGAGCGAGGCGGACGCGACCACCAUCCCGGGCCACUACGUGGUGUACUGGGAGCUGAUGCUCAAGGACCGCCUCGACGGGCUGUGGCCGGAGGCGGCGGUGUUCGAGAAAUGCUGCCUGGAGAUGGAGGAGGCGCUCAACUCCGUGUACCGGCAGGGGCGCAGCGGGGACGCCAUCGGACCGCUGGAGAUCAGGGUGGUGCGCGGCGGCACCUUUGAGGAGGUCAUGGACUACGCCAUCUCCCGCGGCGCAUCCAUCAACCAGUACAAGGCGCCCAGGUGCGUCUCCUUCGGGCCUAUCAUCGAGCUGCUCAACUCCAGGGUGCUCUCCAAGCACUUCAGCCCGGCCUGCCCCAAGUACGGCCCUUACAAGAAGUGAAACCAAUCCCCCUACUGGAUUCCAUCUUCCUCUCUAUCAACCCAUCCAUCUCAUAUGGCAUUGUGCUAGCUUAAACAUGCCGCUAUGCUAGCUAGUGAUCUACUAGUCUACUAUAAUAAUGUGUUCUGUCCAUUUCCGUGUGACAAUACCUAGCUGCUUUCAUUUCGUCGAUAUUAGAUUAUGCUAGUUACAAUGUGCAUCUGUGGUCUCAGUUCUUAAGUGGAAUCAAGUGGCAUGUGUAUGUAAUGGUAAGUUGGGAAUUCAUCAUUUUUAACCGAAUGCAUGAUAGAUCGGUCUGGUUGGCUAUCUAACUUUUGUUGA